AGUGGUUAAACAAACCCCUUAACACGAGAGUAAAAUGGCGGAUAUAUAGCUUUCUAUACGCACAAAUAAUCACUGCAGUUUUUUAUGAAUACCCCAGGUGUAUCCUCACAUAUGCAAGAAAAACACCACGGAUCCCGUGAUUUCUAUAUAGUAGUACAUGUAAUAGUACUACAGGGUUUCGUCAUCCAACAUCAUGGUCAAUAGCAGAGAGGACUUUGAUCGUUAGAAACACUUCCCGUCAUGUUAUCAAUAGAAAUUAUCCUCUGUUUCGUUCCUAUACUCCGCCGGGGCCACUCGGGUCUGGAAGGGUGUGUAGACCCUACUCUGCAUAUAUAUAUGACGCCACAGUAUGUAUCUUUGAUUUGUCAUUGAAGAUUUGCUUGUUAUUUGAUUAGUACAUUGAGGGGUUAAAGUUUGAACGAUCGUGAUAGCUGCUAGAUAUCUUCGGUUUACCAAACUUCAUGUUGUAGUCAUCUUACCGUGUCUUUAAUGGUGCAGUAUAUAUGGCAUGCAGUCGUCGUACAUCAUAUUCAGGUGUUAUCUGUCGUACAAUGAGGGGCAAAGAGGUUUUAAUCAUCUCACCCGCUAUAUCGCGACUCAACUGACCGUUUGAACGUUUGCAAAGAAAAGACAGAUCGUGGCUGUGAUAAACACACAAUAUUAUCAGAUAAUGUGGACACUUUAUAGGACCUAUAUUCUUUUGUAAUUAAUCGGCCCGGGGAGCUGCGACAGACGAAUUACCUGGCGUAAAGAUUUGGAGACUCAGAACAAACAAUCCGCGAUUUCUUAUUCUUUAAUUAUUUGAUUUAACGAGGACAUCUGGCCAAUAUUCAUACUAGCCAGCCAAUUGACAUCAUGACGAAAACAGGCCUAUUCUCUGUUCUGAUGGUGUACUUGAUGUUUUCGUCUGACAUUGGUGAUGGUGCAAAGUUCCUUUUACCAGCAACCAGUAUGCUCAGCUUGCCGAGCCAUUACAUGGGUCUAACAACCAUUACCCAAGUCUUGGUUAAGAGGGGUCAUGAGGUGGUUCUGCUUAUCAUCGACAAGAAGAGCCUCAAGGGAUUCCGACCAGAAUCUUACACUUCGAACAUUACCUUCCCGAACUCACUGUCUGACGAAGAAGUUUCCGAUAUGUACAAGAUUAGAAGGACUGUGAUGUCAGAUUUUAAAAACAGUACCUAUAUGGAAUUAGUGAAUAGCCCAGUUAUGGCUGAAUUCGAUAGAUUGAUGUAUUUCGGUUGUUUUGAGCUCUUUAAAAGCGAUGACACUCUUCGAAAGCUUAAAGAAGAACGCUUUGAUAUGAUGUUCACUUUUCCCAUGACCGAUUUCUGCGACGCCGCACUCGCUGCGUAUCUGGAUGUGCCGUAUAUUCUUCUGUCUGGAACACGGCGCCUCCCGACUUUCACCGAGGACAAUGCCGGCAUUCCUAUUCCAAACUCAUACGUUCCUUUUAGUUCGUUCACGCCUUCCCUGACCGACAAAAUGAACUUCUUCGACCGACUUAAAAAUGCGUUCUACCACUACGGGGUACAUUACAUCUUCGAAUACUUUUCGAUCUAUCGUCCUCUACGUCAAUUGCAAACUACCUACAACAUUCGCCUUGAUCUCACUCCAUGGCAAAUGGUGAGUAGAGCAGAGCUGUGGUUGUGUCACAACUCCUGGGCCUUGGAAUACCCAAGGCCAAUAGGACCAAACUGGAUCCCAAUACCCGGAUACACCAUAGAGGAGCCCAAGCCGCUUCCUGAGGAUCUAGAGACAUUCGUUCAGGGGUCUGAACAUGGAUUCAUCUUAUUCACAUUGGGCUCAAUGACUGCGUCCUUAGGGACAGACACCUUUAACGACAUGUUCUCGAAAGUUUUCAGUGAACUUCCUUAUAGGGUCAUCUGGAGAUUAGUUGGUCCGUCUCCUCGUUUCCUUGGAAACAACACUCUCAUCCAAGAGUGGUUACCUCAGAAUGAUCUGCUAGGUUAGUAUUAAAUAACAAUCUUA